AUGAAUGAUGUUAGAAGUCAGUCACUGUUUUUCAGCAGUCUGCCUGAACUGCAGAAGCUUUAUGCUUUGAAGAUUACAUUGAGUUCUCAACUGGCAGCAACUGAAGUUAGAACGGAACAAUGGAAGAUGUGCAAGCAACUCCUGCUGCUGUGUCAAGGUAUCAUUUCUUCACCUGUUCCUGGAACACUGAAUCAAAUUUUAGUAAUUAUGACGAUACCCUUUUACAAAUCAGGAACAUUUCAAGUUUAUGUGGACAAACAUGGAGCUACAGUAGGAAUGCCAGAAAAAGUUACCCCAACCAUCUUUCAAGUCUGCCUUUCUUAUACUCUUAGAGCUAAACUUGCCCCUAACUGGAACCAAGCUGGUCACUUGUUGAUACAAGGGAGAAAUUUUUUGUCACAGAUGGGAAAGCAAAAUGCAGUUGUUGUGGAUAUCACUGUAUCAGAAACUCAACUUUGCAUCAGUGUGGAAAUAUGCAGGAUAUGUUUACCACUACCUGAGCUUGAAGAUUUUGAUAUUUCAACAAAUAUCAUAAAGAACUUUAACAAUGAUACUACUGCAGUCAUUUCAGAAUAUUCUAUUUUAAGUAAUUGGUGUUAUGUUUUACCAAGUAUGAAAAUGGGUCAGAUAAUGAGUAUCAGUCAUUUAAUUCCGCAUGAUUCUCCGUUUCAUUCAUACAGUGAUUUACAGUUACAUUGGGAAAAUCUGUAUGGCUACCUUCUGCCAGAGGAUUCACAGAUGUAUUUCAGCAUUUAUUUCAAACGAAUAGGAGAACAAUUAUUUACAUAUCCUUCCAGUUGCAUCAGAAGUCAGCCCAUACAGUACUUUCCUAGAGCAGAUAUAGAAGCUAUUUUAGAUUCUUUUAUUACUGAUCUGAGGACUUCCAUUCCUGAUAUAUGUGGAUUUCCUUUUAAGAUGACACAGAAAGCAGUGUGUACUACAAACAAUUUUAUAACGGCAUCUGUUCAGAAAGUAAACUCUAAACCAGCCAACCUUACUGUAGGAAGGAACUGCAAGGUACCUUUGACUCAAGUAAUCCCAAAGAAAGAUGAUGAACAUGCAGGAGUAGAAGACAAAAACAAUAUUGGACAACAGUGGAAAAUAUCAGAACAUUCUGGUUCAACAUUGAAAUCAAAUAACACCAAGAGGAUCAUACCCAUUUUCAAAGGAAAGUUACUGCAAGCGGAUAGGCAGUUCACUAAAAGAAUUCAUGAAAAGAAAAGAAAACAUGUUUCAAAAGAUUUACCAAAACUAGUAACAGAUCAUGCAAUUGCUAAAUCGGCUGUAUUCAGCCCAAUUGCAGAUCAGAUUAACAAAUCACUACCUAAUACAUCAUUUCAAAAUGUUACAAAUAAAAGCGUUUCUCAGAAGGUAAGAAAAAAUAUUAGAGCUAACCAAUUUAUAAUAAAAGAAGAAAAUAAAGAUGUUGGGUAUCUAUUAAACCUCCCUUUACCUAGUGGAACAGUUUUAACCAAACAUUCCAAUAAAACCAAAGCUACAAAGCUACAUUUUUCUUUGAUAUCUGCUGAUAACCAAUCAAAGCAUCACACAGCAAGCAUCUGUCAGAAUAAUCCUGCACAUCUCAGUCCAGGUCAGAAUCUUCUCAGGUCAAAGAAAGCUGAGGAAAUAGCUGAAGGAGCUCUCAGAAUAUUUCAAAAUCAGAUACAAAAUCCAAUGAAGGAAACAAAAACAAAUGCCUACAGAUUAACCAGUCCAGGAUUCGAAAGGCUGACAAUAUCCAAUAAAUCCAAGAGAAAAAGAGAUUGGAAAGAAUCAGUGUCCUAUCAAGACAUCCCUAAGGCCUCAAGACCUCAUGUGCAGGAAAAAGAACAAAGUUAUGCAAAAGCUAAGAAACAAGAACCAGUAAAUCAUCAAAGUAGAAAAAAGAUGCAAAAGAGAAAAUAAACAGCAGGUUUGUUGAAACUAAACCAUGAAAGGAUGGUGAUGGAGUUUUCAUUUAAGACUUGAAGUAUUUAAUUAAUAUUGUGCUUUUCCUGUUUCAUGAUUGAAUAAUUUAUGAUUAGAAAAUGACCAGGGUCCAAUUUUUCCCCCACAGCAGUCAAGAAACCAUACACAUUCAAACAGACAAAUAAGUCCCCAAUUCGUGCAUAGAAUCCAACUCAUACAACAUAGUUGUUCUAUGUGUACAUUAGAAUUACUGAUUAAAUUUUUAAGCUGCCAAUAACAGAUAUUCUCUGGGCAAAUAAUACACAUUCUUAUGAAUUAUUUGCAUUGAAAAUAAUGGAAACAAUACAGGCAAUAACCUCCAGAAUAACUUUUAUGUUCUGAAUGUAUAAUUAGUAUGACCAAACGGAUUGCUAUUGUUCAUAUGCAAUGCUAACUGUAGUUUAGAUCUAGAUCUCAGCAGAAAGAAAACCAGGAAGUGCUAGGUGCAGAUAUACAAUUCUAAUUAUCUGCAUUAAGAGGAAGAAUGAAAUAGGAUUCUGUUUUAUUUUGUUCAAAUCCUGGCUUACCAUUCAAUUUACACCAGGAAUUAUAAUUAUAAUAAAACUGUAAACAUAAUGGUGAUCUGCCAACAACUAUCUAAGGCAGUAAUGACAGGAAAAUGUGAAGGACUGCAGGUGCAACAGGAGUUUUCCACUUUUACUCUAAAGCAUAUAUUCAAUCGUCCUUGCAUGUCAUUAAUUGUGGUUUCUUUGCUAUUUCCUAAUGGGAUUUAAAAAACCCUAAUAUUUGUUCACACUACACAAAUGUUUUGAAAUAGUGUUUUUAUUCUUGCUGUUGUUUAAAACAUAAACUUUUGUUAAAAACAUGAAUUUAA